GGCGCAGGCUCUGCCCCGGCCGCGCCCCCGCAGCCCCAUGGAGCGGCCCCGCCGCCCGCGCUGAAGGCAUCGCCGACCCGCAGCGAGAGGCGGCGGAGGGAAGAGGGGAGAGGUACACAGAGUGGAUGAGGAGGUGCUUGGACUCUGGAGCUGCCUGGAACACGAUGCCCUGCCCCACUCUCAGCUUUGGGAAGUUGUAAAUUGCUCAUGUCCAUAAGGAGGAAGGAUGGCUCAUGGAAUUCCUUCACAAGGCAAAGUUACCAUAACGGUGGAUGAAUACAGCUCAAAUCCAACGCAGGCGUUUACACACUACAAUAUUAAUCAGAGCAGGUUUCAGCCUCCACAUGUGCAUAUGGUCGACCCUAUUCCAUAUGAUACUCCAAAACCAGCGGGCCACACGCGAUUUGUCUGCGUCUCAGACACGCACUCCAGAACAGAUGGCAUCCAGAUGCCUUAUGGGGACAUCCUUCUCCACACGGGCGAUUUCACCGAACUGGGACUGCCCUCAGAGGUUAAGAAGUUUAAUGACUGGUUAGGAAACCUGCCAUAUGAAUAUAAAAUAGUGAUUGCUGGGAAUCAUGAACUGACAUUUGAUAAGGAAUUCAUGGCAGACCUUGUUAAACAAGAUUACUACCGCUUUCCCUCUGUGUCCAAAUUGAAACCAGAGGACUUUGACAAUGUUCAGUCACUCCUGACAAAUAGUAUUUACUUGCAAGAUUCAGAGGUAACAGUUAAAGGAUUCCGAAUAUAUGGUGCUCCCUGGACACCGUGGUUUAAUGGAUGGGGCUUUAAUCUACCCAGAGGUCAGUCUUUGCUAGACAAGUGGAACCUUAUCCCUGAGGGUAUUGAUAUACUAAUGACGCAUGGACCUCCCCUUGGUUUUCGGGAUUGGGUCCCAAAGGAGCUGCAGAGAGUUGGUUGUGUGGAACUGUUAAACACAGUGCAGAGGCGAGUCCGGCCCAAACUCCAUGUCUUUGGUGGAAUUCAUGAAGGUUACGGCAUUAUGACGGACGGUUACACGACGUACGUCAACGCCGCGACGUGUACGGUCAGCUUUCAGCCAACCAAUCCGCCCAUUAUAUUUGACCUGCCAACCCCUCAAGGAUCAUGAAGCACUGCUGCACAUUUGGAACUGGGGAGGUCUAUAAACUGCCAUUUUCUAAUUACAAACCUUGCAUUCUCUUACAUGUUUAUUUCAAAAUUAUGUAGGGGCAUUUUGUUGGAGGGAUCGGGGAGGUGUUUGGGGGCUUUUUUCUUUUUUUCUUUUUUUUUUUUUUUUUGGUAAAUUGCUGGUACAAAACAACCAGAGGAAGUUAGAGGUUGUGCUUUUUGGAAAUGCAGCGUUCAUUUUUAAUUGAUAAAGCAUUGUGAAUUUGUAAAAUGAAUUUUUUUUCAAUAAACUUGCCAUUGUAAAUUGUUAUAGUGUUCUCAAAAGGACAGCCAAGCUUUCUUUUAAUAAGUGAGAGACCUUAUUUUAAUAUUAUACUAUAAGCUAAAAGAUAGGCAGCAUUUAAAAACACCCAGAUUUGCACAACUUAUGUUAUUGUCAUUUUUUUUUAAGUGUCUUCAUUUUCCCUAAGUCUAAAUGUUAGCUUUUCAUCUCUCCAUUUAUAUCAAACUUUUUUUAGUAGCACAAACAUGAUUUUGGGGGUCCAUUUACCUCUUGAUAUGUGUGCAUGUACUGAAAAUUCUUCCUAUUAAUAGUCAGAUGCAGCAAGGGGAGAAUAAACUUCUUAGUUGGUUGUCUACUUUUAUAUGUUAAAGACUGAUAGACAUAGCCGCAGCCUGUAUGUGAUACGUAACUUUUUUUUUUCUUUUUUAAAUUAUUUUAGCUUUAAAAACUGGGGAUGAAAGCUGCAAAAGAGCAGGUAUUUCACGCAGUAAAAAAAAAUGUAAAUGCGGACUCCUUUUAAAUAUGAAUUUAUAUAUAUAUGUAUUUUUUGUGCAUUAUAACUAAGCUAGGAAUUUAAUAUUGCCAGUAUAGCAUCUACAAAAUUAUGCUGUACAGCACAUCUAAAUUAUGACGGAUGUGACACAUUUUCCAAGUGCUCAAGGCCUUCAAGAGCCUGAGUUAAAUCUUUGUUGUAGUUCAGACAUGUAUAGAGUCAAAUGGAUACAAUCAAGCCUAACUAAAAUAAGGCUUAGUUGUCCUUUAUAUUUAAAUAUUCUUCUUGUAUUAUUUCCUUUUUCUUAUUUUGCACUGUGUGUAAAUGCAAUCUUGCUAGCACAAAAUACUGUUGCAGAUAGUUAUUUCUGUUCUACCACUGUAAAUGCUAUUGAGCUUUGUUCUGUUUUAUGUUACCUUGUUAAUGGAAUUUAGAAAAGCAGCUGUUUCUUUAAAUUUAUUGUGAUAUUAUAUCUAGCGGCCUUUAUAUGCAAAUAAAAUUGCAAGAUUUUUAAA